AUGAACAAGCAAAAUGAUUGGUUUAACCUUAUUUAUGUUGAGACAAAGAAGGAGCGGACCACGGAAACACUCUUCCAUACCUACUCACAAUUCGCAGCCGUUUCCAACAUUCCUCCCAAACCCUCAGAAGAUGAACGAUCCACCGAAAUGAAGCUACAGGAAAUCCUAGAAAAGAGAGAAACCCUAAUAUCGCAACUCUCCCGUCUCCUCGACAGCGACUCUUCCCUCACAGCCUCCGCAACCCGUCAAAACAAUCUUACUCGUCACCGGGAAAUCCUCCUUGACCACCGUCGCGAACUCUCCCGCAUUCGUUCCUCCAUCUCCGAAGCUCGUAAUCGCGCAAACCUGCUCUCGAAUAAGCGGAUUAUAUGUUAG